AUGGCCACCAACAAUAGCCUAUUGCAAUUUGCUCAAGUCAUUACUGACCAUCACUAUGACCCAUCCCCUCCAUCACCACAACGGGCUCGCUCUGAAUCUUCUCCUCACCCCACACUGCGAUCAGAAAACAGUCGUCUUGACCACCGUCGCUCCUUUUUGCCCAUUCGAAAGAAUGCCUGCGUUGUCUGUGGCAUAUGUUUCACAUGUUCCAAUACCUAUGGGAUGAAUUGUCGAUGUGAAGAGAUGCAGCCGAGACGAGGUAGGAACCUUCCAGAGGGCAGUCUCGACUCGAGGGCGAAAAAGCUGCAUCCACGGGACAAGGAGGACUAUGCAUUUUCGAUUGAAUGGCUCUCAUUGCAUGCACAUCCAAUGCACAAGAACAGCACAGGGCAAGUGAUUGGACUCCGCAAUCUUCCCGAGGUCUCCCUUUGUAAAGCACACAGCAGCACAUUGUACAGGGCAAAAAAGAGGCACGAACGAAGCAAAGCAUCUUGUUCUCCUACGACAUCCACCACAGCUACUUCGACUACAAUCACCACAACCACAACCAAUACCAAUGUCAAUACCAUCAAUCAUAGCAACAAUGAUACAACAAGUAAAAAGAUACCAGAAGGAGGUAUUGGAGGAUUAGCUGCCAAGGUACGAGAGAUCAUGAGUCAACAACAAUAUCCACCACCACCUCCACCACCACAAUCGGAUUUAUCCAUUCAAGCAUCCACUUCAUUGAAGAGAAAACGUCCUUCGCCACCUAUUCAUUCAAGUGCAUCUACUCCACUUUACGCUACGGCACCUCCCAUGCUACGACACAGUGCUCCAUCUUCCUCUUAUUCUCAUCAAUUACCUCCUUUGCAGCAACAGCAACAUCAAGAACAACAACAACAACCACCAUCACAACAACAUCAACAUGCAAGGACACCCUCGCUUUCAUCACUUUCAUCCUCUUUACAAGAACAAUUGCGUUUAUCUCCACUACGAGUACAAUCGGUCUCACUAAAAGCAAUCUCAAGCAACCUGCUCGAUCCACCUCAGUAUUACGUACGCAACCUUGCCAUCACUGAUACAUUCACUUUUCGUGAUCUACUGAAUGAAGUCGAUAUGACGGGUCCUCCACCCCCUGGCAAACGUAUCGUUAUCAUCGAUGACAAGACCGAUACCCUUUUCCCAUUAGAUCAGGCGAUUCGCAAUGUCAUCAAGAGACCAUCCUCUGCACACAUAGAAUUGUCCUUAGCAUUGAGCGACAAGGCGGCGAUCGAUUGGAGCACAUACACUUGA